AUGGGCCAGCUCAGCAUUCACAUGUUCGAUGUUGGCGGCCAGCGAAGUGAACGGAAGAAGUGGAUUCAUUGUUUCGAAAAUGUAACAUCAAUAAUAUUCUGCGUUGCCUUGAGCGAGUACGAUCAGGUACUCCUGGAAGAAAGCAACCAGAAUCGAAUGAUGGAAAGCUUAGUCUUAUUUGACUCCGUGGUCAACUCACGUUGGUUUAUGCGCACUAGUAUUGUUUUGUUCCUUAACAAAGUCGACCUUUUCCGGCAGAAGCUUGCCCGCUCCCCUCUCAGCCGCUACUUCCCUGAUUAUUCAGGGGGAAAUGACAUCAACCGAGCCGCAAAGUAUCUUCUUUGGCGGUUCAAUCAAGUCAACCGGGCGCACCUUAACCUCUAUCCUCACUUAACCCAAGCCACCGAUACCUCCAACAUCAGACUCGUUUUUGCCGCCGUCAAAGAAACCAUUCUACGAAACGCGCUGAAGGAUUCUGGGAUCUUAUAA